AUGCGCAAGUCAGCAAAGUCAAGUUUGAAAGUGUGGCAGUGGAACUGCCGGGGGAUGGGUCCGAAACAGGCGAGCCUUAGCCUGAGGGUGUCGCUUGAACCUAAUCCCCCGGCGGUGAUACUGCUGCAGGAGCCGGGCAAGAAACCAGUGAAGAUCAAAGACUAUGCUACAAUUGAGGGCGACCAAUACGUCGCGACGCUUGUGCACAAGACCUACGCAGCCACGAGACUAGACUUGGAUGGCUGUGAGGUGUCGUGCUGUCACAUUGUGAUCAUCCCAGUGAAAAAAGGGGAUCGGGGUGUACAUGUGGUGAACGUGUAUGGAAAUCCAAAGAACCAUAAGACGGACUACAGGCGGCUCAUCGCGAAGGUGGUCAAGGUGGCGGGGAAGGACCCUGUGGUUAUUGCGGGAGACUUCAACGCCCCUCGCCCGGGAUGGGGUUACAAGUACGUUUCUCCGAAACGCAGAAGGCUGGCGGAAAGCAUCAACCAGGAACGCCUAACAUUGCUUACCGAGGUUGAUCAGCCAACCAGGACGGGCACGAGUUCAUGCAGAGACACCUGUCCGGACCUGACGCUUGUCAAGAACGUGGCGAACGCUGAGUGGACUAACCUCAUGGAGCAACUAGGUAGCGACCAUUGUAUCCUUGAAACGACUAUUCACGAGUCCGGAUACACAAGAAAGACGGGAAAGGCAAGAAUAACGGAUUGGGACCGAUGGCGAAAACAGAGAAGGAAAGGUGCAGCUAGCAUCGAGAACAUCGAGGAUUGGUCUUCGGAGGUGAUCGCCAGUGUCAAGCCGUUCGUGGCUGAAGUUGAACUCUCAGAGAAGACCCCAGCAGUGGACACGCGUCUGCUUCAUCUUUGGGAAGCACGACGCGGGCUGACCUGGAGAUGGAAGAAACAGCGCUACAACAAGAAGCUGAGGAAGAGGAUUCAAGCACUCACAAAGCUGGCCGAGGACUAUGCGGUGGACUUGGCUAGGAAGAACUGGUAUGGCCUGUGUGACUCUAUACGGGGAAGCCUAGGCACGGCUCAGGCAUGGAGGAUGCUUAGGGCCUUAAUCGAUCCGAGUAGGGCAAAGGCGGUGACGGGCGGCCGUUUAGCGGAGCUGAUACAUAAGUUACCCGGGGACCGCAAGCAGAUCAUGGAUCGGCUGGCGGAAAGGUAUUUGUGUUUGGAAUCCACAGGAGAAAUCGUGGAGUAUGAAGGGCAGGAAAACCCUGAAUUAGACAGGCCAAUUACUGUCGCGGAGUUGGAGUAUGAGCUCGGGGUUAUGAGGAAGGGCGCAGCACCCGGACCGGGCUCCCUCACAGCGAAACUCCUCUACAACUUAGGGGAAGGGGACCUGAAAGAGCUGGUACGCCAUUUCAACGAACAUUUCUGGGAGCGCGGGCUUACUCCAGAUAGUUGGAAGGUUGCUGACAUUCGCUUCAUUCCAAAACCCAAAAAGGAGUUCAAGCUAGAAAAUCUGCGGCCGAUUUCGCUUACAUCUUGCCUGGGCAAGGCGUUCGAACGAGUCAUAAACUUCAGGGUUAUGAAGUAUCUAGACAAGGAACAACUCCUUCCGAACACGCAGUUCGGGUUCAGACCUCACACAUCGACGCAGGACAUACUCUUGUGGAUAUAUAAGGAUAUACUGGAGAAUCCGAGGAGCGGGCAAACGAGAGGCCUUCUAGCUUUAGACUUGAAAGGCGCGUUUGAUAAUGUUUCGCACGAAAGCAUACUUAGGGGUCUCAGCACAGUUAACUGCGGGAGAAGAACCUUCGAAUAUGUCCGCAGUUUCUUGACGGACAGGACAGCCACGUUGACGUUGGGAAGUAUGCAAUCUGGGACAUACAGACUGGGUUCCAGGGGUACGCCGCAAGGGGCAGUACUUUCCCCGUUGCUGUUCAACCUUGCGCUGCGGGGUCUACCAGAAGCGCUGAGGGCGGUUCCGAACGUGGAGCAUGCCAUCUACGCGGAUGACAUCACCCUGUGGUGCAGGGAGGGCAGUGACGCGGAAAUAGAAGAGAAGCUUCAGGCGGCGGCGGAUAUCGUCGGAGAGUACGUUAUGAGAUGCGGGCUUAAGUGCACCCCGGAGAAAUCUGAGCUUCUUGUCUCCCGAAACCCUCGCGAUAAGCUAGUCGAUCACAUUGACGUGGUGAUAGAUGGGGUCCGGGUCCCAAAACCAGCGGAGGUUCGGAUUCUGGGCCAGCUUCUACAACAGGGGAGGGGGAACAAGUCGACUAUCGACAGACUGGACGCCAUGACCACGCAGGUGUGCGGUAUGAUGAGGCGAAUUAGGAACCGUAGACACGGUAUAAAGGAGAAAGAGGCAAUACAGUUGGUCCAGGCCUUCAUUAUUGCCAGACUGACGUACGGCACUCCGUACCUGAACUUGAACAAGGCGGAGAUGCAAAGGCUAAACGUACUGAUAAGGAGAGCGUACAAAAACGCGCUGGGGCUACCGGAGCGUACGGCGACCGAGAAACUGCUUAAACUUUGGGUGCAUAACACCAUAGAAGAACUUCAUGAAGCUCAACUAGUGUCACAGCUGAAGCGACUCUCUUCCACAGUGAAUGGAGCGUGGCUCCUGGACAAACUGGGAAUGGCAGUACCCGGCGGUUCUCACGGGCCCGGAGACGCGGGGGAAGAGCUGCCGGCUGAGACCCGGCAGAGAUUCACGAUCAGUAGAAUCCCCCGCAACAUGCACCCGGAUAGGAAUGCGGAACGGAGACAAGCGCGAGCGGUGGCCCUAGCGCGUUCCUGGGACAGCAGAGAGGGAACCCUGUACGUGGAUGGGGCCGGUCCGGUGCUGGGGGUGGCUGCAAUAGCGGUGGCCGGUGCGAAAGGGCGGAUCAGACGCGUCGCCUCCAUACGAGCGCAGACGGUUGAACAAGUGGAGGAGGCGGCCAUAGCAUUGGCAGUGGUUUGCAAUCCUCGUGCGACGAUAAUUUCGGAUUCACAAAGAGCUUGUCAAAACUUUGCGCGAGGGGUCGUGGGUCAACCAGCUCUAAGGCUCCUCCGCAAAACCGCAGUAGAGGGAGUACAUCUGAUUUGGACCCCCGGCCAUAUGGGGCAAGUCGGAAACGAGGCGGCGAAUGCUGCGGCCCGAGGUGCGUUAUACCGGGACUCGGUUCUGCCCCAGAGGGAUCUGGACAGUGCGCUCACUUACAGUGAGGCCUUAAAGGCUCUACGAACACAUAGGGCAGAAUAUCCUGGGCCGGCCAAAGGUCUCAGCAAAGAAGAAGAGUUCACGUGGAGACGACUUCAGACGGACACGUUCGUCACACCGAUCCAGCUACAUCUGUGGUACCCAGAGCGGUACGCCACGGCGGACUGUCCCUUCUGUGGUGAGCCCUGGGUGGACGUUUAUCACGUUGUCUGGGCAUGCAAGAACCUCCCAGGACUGGCUCCAGUCGAGGAGCCCAAACUCGAGGAGUGGGAAGCGGGACUCAAGUACGCGACGGCUAGCGAGCAGAGGCUGCUCGUGGCCCGAGCACUCCGAGUUCACUCCGCACUUGGAGCCCCGGAAUAGGGGCACACAACCACUCUCUCCUUUUUCUUCCCCUUUCUCCCCUUCCCUUUCCU